UAUAUAUGCUAACCACAUAGAAACACAUUGUGGAGCAAAGUAAACCAGACAGUUACGAACUUAACUAUGGCAAGCCAGAGCCUCCUCCCGGCGGUUGCUAUAACCAUCAUGUCCUUCCUCUACACCACAGCCCUACCAGUGACUGCGGUCCUCGUCGAGCACACCUUCGUUGUGAGCCAGAUGAAUAUGACACACCUGUGCAAGAAGACGCCGGUGACCGUUGUGAAUGGACAGCUCCCGGGGCCAGUGAUUGAUGUCACUGAAGGAGACUCAGUGGCUGUUCAUGUCAUCAACAAGUCACCCUACAACAUUACAAUCCACUGGCAUGGAGUGAAGCAGUGGCUGAACUGUUGGGCUGAUGGGGUGCCAAUGAUUACCCAACCUGCCAUCCAACCGAGCCACAACUUCACCUACAGGUUUGAUGUUGUUGGGCAGGAAGGCACCCUAUGGUGGCAUGCUCAUGUCCCCUGCUUACGUGCAACUCUACAUGGUGCCUUGAUCAUCCGGCCGAGAAAUGGGGUCGCCUCGUACCCGUUUCCUAAGCCUCACAAAGAGGUGCCCAUCAUUAUAGGGGACUGGUGGGAGAUGGAUCUCGGUCAGGUGGGCAGGAACAUGAUGCAUGGCUUGUUUGAUGAUUUUGCCAGUGCAUCUACCAUCAAUGGCAAGCUCGGAGACCUCUUCAAUUGCUCCGGUACCCCGGAAGAUGGCUACGUUUUGGAUGUGGAGCCUGGCAAGACCUACCUGCUACGAGUAAUCAACGCCGGGCUCUUCUCCGAGUUCUACCUCAAGAUAGCCGGGCAUAAGUUCACAGUGGUCGCGGCAGAUGCCAACUAUGUCAGCCCCUACACAACGGAUGUCAUUGCGAUUGCGCCCGGGGAGACAGUGGAUGCCCUAGUGGUCGCCGAUGCUCCCGCUGGUAGGUAUUACAUGGUUGCGCUGCCCAACCAGGCGCCAUUGCCGGACACACAGACCCCAGAGCAUGCCACGAGAGGGAUGGUGAGGUACGGGAAUAGUCACUUACCCGGCACCGGUGCACCAGCACCGAUUUCGCCUAAGAUGCCUGACCAACAUGAUAUAGUUACAUCGCUCUACUUCCACGGAAACAUGACGAGCCGGCACCACCGGCAGCAGUCGCCGGUGCCGGUGGAUGUGAAUGAGCGGCUGUUUAUUGUGCUUGGCCUUGGUGCUGUUUGCCCGCAAGGCCGGACCUGCGAGAGAGGCGCUUUUGAUAGUAGCAACAACCUCCUCGUGGCGACCAUGAACAAUGUCUCCUUCCAGCCUCCGGCAACAAUGACCCCGCUGCUGGAAGCGCACUACUACCACACCGGCAGCAUAAACAAGACACAAGAACUCCCUGACAGGCCACCGGUUCUAUUCAACUUCACUGACCCUGCCUUGAUCCCGUUUGGACCCAAGGAGAGGCGUCUUGAGCAGUCUUCAAGGGAGACGGUGGUGCGUCGGUUCCGGCACGGCUCUGUGGUGGAAAUGGUGUUCCAAAGCUCGGCGAUGCUGCAGGGCGACUCCAACCCAAUGCACCUACAUGGGCAUGACAUGUUCGUUCUCGCACAAGGCCUUGGCAACUACGAUGCCGCAAAGGACGUGGCGAGCUACAACCUGCUGAAUCCACCAAUGAAGAACACCGUGCUCGUCCCGAACCUUGGGUGGGUUGCUGUUCGAUUUGUGGCAAAUAAUCCAGGGGUAUGGUUCAUGCAUUGCCACUAUGAGUUUCAUCUAGCCAUGGGCAUGGCGGCGGUUUUCAUUGUAGAAGAUGGGCCAACGGUGGACACGUCCCUCCCUCCACCGCCUAUGGGCUUCCCAACACGUGGCAAUGACCAUAAUCUCAUGCCAGAUGGAUUCUACCUCCAAACUAAGAAAAGUGAAUCCUCAAGCAUAAAUGGAAUUUAAAAUAUUACUCCAGCCACUAGUUUCCAAAAAUGCUUAUAAAUAACAAAUGUGUUUCGGACAUCUUGAUUUAAUGAAUGUAGCCGAUCUAAAUAUUUGUUACAUUAUUGGUAUGUUUCCCCCGAUGCAAAUGAACAUUUUUAUUGACCUGGCCUCUAAA